GUUUGCCGAGUCUUAUAACGAGCCAAGUCCCAUUACAAGGCUCUGAAGAAUGCUCCUCGCUGGACACUUCUGAGUGACGACAUCCAUCCCCGAAAAUCAACGGCAGCACACACCCGGCUCCUCAAGAAGGUUGACGACUCGCUGUCGCGACUUUCAGCAAUUAUCACCCAGUUCACAACAUCUGCGAAUCGGCCAUUAUGAUCCGCUCAACGCACAAUGGUGAUCGUUACGAACUUUUCGACCCAAUUGCGAUGCCUAAAUCCGGCGGCUUCCUCUGGAACCAGAAGAUGAUGAUCCAAGUCACCUGCCGCGGCUACGCAACAGCACAGUUCAUGCAGCCUGAGCCUGCAAAGUAUGUCCACGCUCCGAAUCUUGAGGCCAAAACCUUCAUGCAGCCGGAGCAGAACUACUAUACGCACCAUCCCGGGCGAUUUGUCUAUGUAAAAGAUGAAGAGACGGGGGACGUCUGGUCGAUACCUCAUGAGCCUGUACGGGCUCAGCCGGAUUACUUCGUGUUCUCGGUGGGCAAGAGCGACAUCUCAUGGAUGGUGGAGAAGGAUGGUGUGAGGGUGGAAAUGACCCUGUUACUCCCAACUGAAGAUGUCGCUGAACUGUGGACUGUCAGAGUGACCAAUGUCUCAGAUCGGAAGCGCAAGGUCAGUGUGUAUCCUUACUUCCCAUUCGGAUACAUGUCCUGGAUGAAUCAGGAGGCUGAGUGGAACGAGAAAUUGGGCGGUAUUGUGGCAAGUUGCAAGACGCCGUACCAGAAGGCGGAAGACUACCCGAAGACCAAGUACCUGAAGGACAGGACGUACUUUCUGUGCGAGCGGAAACCGGCUGCUUGGGAAGCUAGGCAGGAGGCUUUUGAAGGCGAGGGCACCCUGCACGAUCCUCAAGCACUGAAGGCGGAGCAGUUGAGCAACAGCGAUGCGCGUUACGAGACACCCACAGCUGCGGUUCAGUACCGAAUUGAGCUUGCGGCGAACAGUUCCGAAGAAUAUCGAUUCUUACUAGGCCCAGCAUUUGACGAGGCAGAAGUGCUUUCCAUGCGCGAGAAGUAUCUUAGCGAGCGUGACUUCGCACAGGCACGGAAGGAGUAUGAAGCAUACAUUGCGGCAGGCAGUGGUUGCGUUCAGAUCGAAACGCCAGACAAGGAUCUCGACAACUUCGUCAACAAUUGGUUACCACGCCAAGUAUACUACCACGGCGAUGUGAAUCGACUCACAACCGAUCCUCAGACGCGCAACUACCUACAAGACAAUAUGGGCAUGGCCUAUGUCAAGCCUGAUACAUGCCGCGAUGCGAUUCUUACCGCAAUUGGGCAACAGGAAGAAAGUGGCGCAAUGCCUGACGGCAUUCUACUCAUCGAGGGAGCAGAGCUGAAGUACAUCAACCAGGUCCCCCACACCGAUCAUUGCGUGUGGCUUCCUAUUGCACUCGACAUCUACCUCAGAGAGACUGGGGACUACGCACUUCUUGAAAAGGAGAUCAAGGGCAUGCACGGUGACACAUACACAGUUUUCGAACGCUUCAGCCGCGCAAUGGACUGGCUGCUCUCCUCGAUGUCCCGGGACGCUCGAGGCUUAAGCUAUAUCGCGCAGGGUGAUUGGUGUGACCCGAUGAACAUGGUUGGUCCCAAAGGUGUUGGUGUGUCAGGUUGGCUAACAGUCGCCACCGCUCACGCAGUGAAUCUCUGGGCCGAUGUCUGUGAACAGCUCGACAAUUCUGACGCCGCGAACAGAUACCGCGAAGGUGCAAAGGCUGUCAAUAAGUCAGCGAACGAACAUCUAUGGGAUGGCGACUGGUUUUCUCGAGGCAUCACAGACGACGGCGUCACCUUCGGCACCAAAGAGGACAAGGAAGGUCGCAUCUGGCUCAAUCCACAGGCAUGGAGUAUCCUCGGCGGCGCAGCUUCUCCCGGCCAAAUCGCAAAGAUCCUGCCACAGAUCGACAGUCAACUAUCAACUCCGUUCGGCGUUCUCAUGUUUGCGCCACCGUUCACCGCGAUGCGCGAAGACGUCGGCCGCGUGACGCAGAAGUACCCUGGGCAAGGCGAGAACGGGAGUGUAUACAACCACUCAGCGUCCUUCUACGCUUGGGCACUGUACUCUAUCGACGAGGCAGACCGUGCAUACGACUGCAUUCGCGCGAUGAUUGCUGGCCCAGAUGAUGAAGAUCUGCGAGCAAGAGGUCAGUUGCCGGUGUUCAUCCCGAACUACUACCGCGGUGGUUGGGGCAUCGAAAAGCUGCAGCGCACGGCGGGACGCAGUUCUCAGCUCUUCAAUACUGGCACAGUGAGCUGGGCGUAUCGUUGCGUCAUCGAAGGCCUGUGCGGUUUGAGAGGUGUGAAGGAUGGGCUGAAGAUUGCUCCAAAGCUGCCCAAAGGUUGGCGUGGAAUCAAGGUGAAGAGACAAUUUAGGGGUGCAAAUUUCGCGGUCGAGAUUAAACGUGGAGACGUGAAGACCGUGAAGUUGAGCUUAGACGGAAAGGAGGUAGACGGAGAUAUUGUUAAGAACGUGCAGGCUGGCAAGGCGUACAAGCUCGAUGUACAGAUUCCGUAGACGAAGCAUUCGCAGUAUCAUUCGAGCUAUAUACCUGCAGCAAACUACGG